AUGUCCCUAUUCAACUUCACGACCGCAAACCAUGUCCUAACGCUGGCGUUGGCGACAUUUCUCGCCCUCCUCGCUGGUAUCAUCAUGCCCCUCUUUGCAGUCGUUCUAGGAAAUCUUUUCAACGCGUUCAUGCUGUUUGGUGCAGGCACUGUUUCGAGCCAGACGCUGCUUGACCAGGUUGUGUCUGGCUGUGUACAACUGGCGGGUCUUGGUGUUGCUAAUUGGGUUCUGAAUGGGUGUUAUUUUCUUUUCUUCAUUGUUUUCGGGGAACAGCAGGCGGCUAGUGCUCGUGGUGAGAUUUUUCAGGGACUGUUGGAGAGGGAGAUUGAAUGGUUCGAGGGGCAGGAGAAUGGUACUGCGGCCUUCUUGUCUUGUCUUCAAGCCCAGAUACAUGAUCUACAGAUGGCAACCUCGCAACCUCUAGGCAUCGUUUUGCAGUAUGCCUUCCGAACCAUCGCAUCGCUGGUACUAGCGCUCUAUACAUCCUGGAACCUCUCGUUGGUCACCCUGGUUGGAAUCCCCGUGUUCUCCGCUAUCGUCGCCUUCCUCUCAACCAAAAUGAAACCCAGCAUCGAAGCCCAGCAAAGCGAACUCACAACCGCCUCCAAGAUCGGCAACAGUGCCAUCACGUCCAUCGAUACGGUCAAAUGCCUGAACGCACAAUCAGUCGAACUCCGCAACUUUUCCUUCCGAAUCGACAAAGCCGCGAUGCAUUACCUGAGACAUGCGCGCAUCAACUCUCUCCAAAUAGCGACAAUACGGUUGAUGAUGUUCGGUAUGUUUGUGCAGGGAUUCUGGUACGGGAGCUCCCUGGCCAUUUCUGGUAAACUGUCGGCUGGUGAGGUUCUGCGGACGUUCUGGGCGUGUUUGAUAGCUGCCCAGUCGAUUGAGCUUGGGCUUCCGCAGGCUAUUGUGUUGGAGAAGGGUAAGGUUGCUGCUGCGGCGUUGAUGGGGACUUUGAAUUAUCAGACGGAUGAGCCCUCGGAUGAGACGAAGGGUGCGUCGUAUCCGCAGUAUUGUGAAGGUGAUAUCGAAGUGAACAAUGCGUCCUUCGCAUAUGCAUCACAACCCGAAAGGCCAGUCUUAAAGUCAGCCAAUUUCUUCUUCCCAGCCGGCGAGACAACAUUCGUGAUUGGAAAAAGCGGCUCUGGCAAAAGCACCCUUGGACAACUCCUCAUGCGAUUCUACCCCUCGACAUCUGGUGAAAUCCACAUCGAUGGCAAUCCGAUUGAGUCGCUCAGCAUAAGCUGGAUCCGAAACAACAUAACCCUCCUUGAACAAAAUAGCGUGCUCUUCAACGAGUCAAUCCUCACAAACAUCGGGUUCGGACGUCGAGAAGGCGAACCAGUCAGUGAUGAUGAUGUGCAAGAUUGUGUUGAUAUGGCGAUGCUUCAGAGUACGAUUGAUAACAUGCCUCGCGGUAUUGAUACUUGUGUCGGUAAUGGUGGGGGCUUCUUGAGCGGAGGACAGAGACAGCGAGUCGCUAUUGCAAGAGCACGGCUAAGGGACACCCCGAUUCUCAUUCUGGACGAACCGACGAGCGCUCUGGACAGCGCCAACCGCACUGCAGUCAUGAAGGCAAUCCGGAAAUGGCGCAAAGGAAAAACGACAAUUGUCAUCACACACGAUGUGGCCCAGAUCCAAGACGAUGACUUUGUAUAUGUUAUGGAGCAUGGCUCUGUCGUGCAGUCGGGGUACAGAAGCGCAUUGGAGAAGGGCACAGAAAGCGACCCCUUCGCUGCAAAGACAUCACAAGAGACGAUGCAUGAUUCAGCCCACCACGACUCUGCGGAUGAUACCUCGGAUGAUGAUACCUUGGUGGCAGAGAGUGCACAUGAGAGGAGCGAGAAUAUACCUGAUCUUCCGCUGAAGUCACCCACCGCGCCCUACAUGCAGCAUCGGAAAUCGAUCUUCCAAGAGCUGCUACCAAGUCCCACCCGAAACGGCGGUUUUGAAGACGAGGAUCUUCUUGAUCAGCCCGGGAUUCCAAUGCGUCGACUUGACAGAGCUCGCGUCAACAAACAGAGGUCGGUUCUUAUGGACAUACAGGACCGUCGUCUUUCAGUCGCUCCUUUCCAUCCUAUAGAGGCGACGAACCGUCGACAGUCAAUUAACCCUUACGGAAGUCAAACGAAGCCGGAACGCCUCUCGAAGCAGCAACACGAGACAUCUGUCUACGGGAUCAUGAAAACCAUAAUCCCAAACCUGACCAGCUGGCAGCGACUGCUCUUAUUAAUAGGCUUCGUCUGUGCCCUCGGCCACGCAAGCGCAACACCACUCUUCUCAUACUGCAUGUCCGAACUCUUCGGAACCUUCUACGACAAACACACCAGCGCCACGCGAUGGUCUCUCGCCGUCCUCGGAAUCGCCAUCGGCGACGCAACCGUCUCCUACUUCAUGCACUACCUCCUAGAAUUCUGCGGUGAAGCCUGGGUCGACUCUCUCCGCAAGAAAGCCCUCCGCUGCGUCCUCGACCAACCAAAACAAUGGUUCGAAGACGAAACCAAUGCCCCCUCCAAACUCGUUGCGUGUCUGGAUCAAAAUGGAGAAGACAUGCGGAACUUGGUUGGCCGUUUUGCGGGUUUUGUGUUGGUGGCUGCUACGAUUACCGUGCUGGCUGUUAUAUGGAGUCUGGUUUCUUGUUGGAAAUUGACGCUUGUGACGCUUGCGUGUGGGCCUGUUAUUUAUGCUAUUACGAGGGGGUUUGAGGGGACGAGUGGGUAUUGGGAGAAGAGGUGUAAUGAGGCUGGGAGGGUUGCGGGGGAGGUUUUUGUGGAGACUUUUUCGGAGGUUAAGACGGUGAGGACGUUGACGCUUGAGUCGUUCUUCCAUAAAAAGCAUAUCAAGGCUGCAAGGAGCUGUAUGAAGAUGGGGUUGAAGAGGGCUGGAUAUACUGGGGUUUUGUUUGGGCUUGCGGAGUCAACUAUUAUGUUUGUCAGUGCUUUGAUAUUCUACUAUGGAGCUAUUCUUGUGUCUUCAGCAGAGUUUACGGUCAAAGAGAUCAUGACGACGUUUUCGAUGCUGCUGUUCAGUAUUGGAUAUGCGGGCACCGUGUUAUCAUGGAUCCCCCAAAUCGGUACCUCACGCGACAUGGCAGCGCAACUCUUGCGUCUUGCAAGCCUCCCGGAAGGUGUAUCGCAUGAACACAAGGGCAGCAUGGGCAUCUCCCGGGCAGCUCCUGUGACAAUUACUGGACUGAACUUCCGCUAUCCAUCACGCGAUGACACUCUCGUGCUACGGGAUAUCUCAUUCACAAUCCCCAAAGACUCAUGCACAGCGAUAGUCGGACGUUCCGGAUCGGGCAAAUCGACCAUCGCAUCCUUAUUACUGUCUCUCUACGAAUCACCACCAUCCACCAGCAACCUCCCAGCAAUUUCUCUAGGAGGCAUCGACAUCCGCCGUCUACAUACACCAACCAUCCGCUCAUUAAUCUCAAUCGUCUCCCAACAACCCACCAUCUUCCCCGGCACGAUCCAAGAAAACAUCAGCUACGGCCUCGACACAAACUCUCCCCUCCGAAGCAUGCGCAACGUCCACGCUGCAGCACAAGCCGCCGGAGUCGACGACUUUAUCACCUCCCUGUCAUCAGGCUACCUCACUGAAAUCGGCGACGGCGGCGUCGGACUUUCAGGUGGACAAGCACAGCGUCUAGUCAUCGCGCGAGCUCUAGUCCGACGACCACAGAUCCUCGUCCUCGACGAAGCAACUUCGGCCCUGGACCCGACAAGCACGGAAGUAAUCCGACAAACGGUUAGUAAAUUGGUCAAGGCGAGGCUAGGGUUGACGGUAGUUAUUAUUACGCAUGCGCGGGAGAUGAUGGAGAUUGCGGAUCAGGUGGUGGUGCUAGAGCAGGGGUGUUUAGUCGAGCACGGAGGAUAUGGGGUGCUUGUCAGACGGGAUGGGGGGAGGCUGAGGGCGUUGGUGGAGGAGUGUAUGUAA